AUGGCUGGCUCGUCCUUGACAACGUUGGCCUUGAUCCCGGAUCCAAGCUUUAAUUGGUUCUUCCUCCUUCAGCUGAUUGUCUCUUGCUUCCUAGUGCUGUUCUUCUUGCUUUACUUUAAUCGUCUGUUCGCAACCCUUGUAUCGUACGGAAUACGCGCUUACACAUGGCAUUACUACCGCGCAUAUGUUGACAUUCACGCCCUCCAAAUAUCAUUGCUUGGCGGGAGGAUUUUCUUCAAAGGGAUUCGCUAUCACGGGGUAAAUGAAACAAUCUUUGUGCAUGGGGGGUUCAUAACUUGGCGUUUCUGGAAGCGCACGGUCAGGCGCACGGAUAUAUCACGCUUGAAUGAUAGCAAACUAAGUGCAGGGAACGAUCCUCAACAGUCGAAGGGUGAUCGUGAUGAUGAUGCCGGCAGUGGGAAUAGCGGCCUGAGCGAGCAAGAAGGGGUGAAUCAUCCAGAAACGCUUCCUUGCCGCAUUACGGUCAAGUUCUAUGGGCUGGAGUGGUUUAUAUAUAACAGAACUCCAGCGUACGACAGCAUUUUGGCUGGGUUCAGCCCUCCAGACUCGAGUGAACCACCGGGGUCCAGCGACGGAUCACUGGAUUCCAGCCUGAAAGGUAACCAGCAGCAUGUGUUGUUUGCCAGCGGGUCUGCGCCACAGCGGGCGUCUAACGUCGAAGGUGAUUUUGCCCACAAUAGAACAGGUAGAGACACAGUCGGCUCUCAGCAAGGCAAGGAUCCUGGGCCAGAAAUAGGUGACACCUUGUCUAGGCUGCUCCAGCUGCUGCCGCUGAAGCUAGACUGUGAAAAGGGUGCUAUUGUGAUGGGAAACGAGAACACCAGAUCUGUUCUGACAACGACCUUUGAUGCCGCCACUGGUUUAAUUGAAGCCUGCGAUGCUGGCCCUCUGGACCUUUACCGACAACAAUUCACCUUCAGGUUCAAACAUCCGGUUAUACAAAUGCGGCCAAAUCCAGAUUUUAAGCAGAACCAGCUAUCUGCUGCAAAGGGACUCAGCACGGUACGAGAGGAAAAGCCAGGAACGAAGCGCAAAAGAGAUACUAUCUUUAAUUACCAAUUUCAGAAACGCAGAGUUUGGCAUACUAUUCGCGACCUCAUACCAUACUUCCAGACGUCAGUGGAAUCAUUUCAUAUCCCUGACAAGCGUACGGGCCUUGGGCCUCGAAGUCCGACCGACCCUCGUAAUGAUUCGCGCUGGGUUGGUCUCUCUCGAUAUCUUGAUGAUAGCAGCCAGGAUGAUCAUGGAGAGUGGGAUUCGGUCGAGUACGGCAGAUUUUCCACUGUUCUAGAUAGCCCUCGCAUGACGGUCAUUUAUUUCUGGGACAUCCCUGGAGUCGUCAGAGCCUCUUCCACUGCAGAGGAAAUGCCCCCCUCGAAGAAUCCAACGGAUAUCAAUGGGGCCCCUCCCCCCGAAUGGGGAAUCGAUGUCAAAAUUGAAGGAGGUGUGAUUAACUAUGGGCCCUGGGCUGACCGCGAACGGGUUGGGCUGCAGAACAUAUUCUUCCCCAAUGCCUAUCGAAGUUCUCAGCCGGCGAAACCUUUGCGACAAGGAGACUUAAGGCAGAGCUCGGCGUUUAAAUUGAGGGUAGAAAUUGACCAAGAGAUGACUCUGCGCAUUCCAACUCGAGAGCCAUCCAAGGACUGGCAAUGGAAGGGGCGUGCGGAUGCCGUACGCGCGACAUCCAAGCUGAAGAAACAACAGCGGAGACGACGACAGCGCGCUGCGGAAGGUGAUAAAGGUCAUAUUGGUCCUGAAAUUCGCCCCUUUGGAUGGUUCUCGCUUCGCAUUGCGGAAAAUUCAACCAUAAAUUACACAAUGGAUAUGGUCCCGGACAGGUCAGGGUUUGUGACCCAACUUGACCUCGAUCUCCGCGAUUCGAGGAUGUCGUCGAGUGUCAACCAUGCAGUGUUAUGGAAAUGCCCCAGACAGCUUCUAAGCUGCGACCUCUCGGUCCCACUAUCUUGGAACAGCCUUCGCACAUGGAAGUUCGACGUGGAGAAUGAAGAUAUGGAGUUGUUUCUGUUGAGAGAUCACAUAUUUCUCCUAACCGAUCUGAUUACGGACUGGGCCUCGGGUCCUCCACAGGAUUAUUACACGUUUGUGCCUUUUAUCUAUCGUUUAAAUUUGUCGUUCACCAACAUCCGACUCUUCCUGAAUGUCAAUGAUUCGAACAUUAUUAGCGACCCUACCGAUAUCACUGACAAUCGCUUACUCGUGAUUAAGGGUUAUAAGCUAACAUCGGAUGUGCUCAUCCCUCUGAACAAAUACAGUCCGGAGCAAAAUGCUGUGGAGUUCAAUGUGACUCUCCAAGACGCUGGAAUAGACUUUGUAGCCCCAGCGUGGGACACGCUACACACGUUCUUGAAGAACAAAUCAACAGCUACUCUGGAAAAUCUGGUCCUUAGUGGAGCCUACACUUACUUUCUUUCCACAUCAGCAGAACUGACAGAUACACUGCUGCUCAAUAUUGAUGGCAUCUCUCCCAAGUUGUAUUUAUACGGGUUCUUGAUCAAGUGCUUUAUGAUUGUGAGAGAGAACUAUUUUGGCGAGGAGGUGCAUUUCAAGACUCUGGAGGAGUUUCAAGAGCUUGCAUACUCGCAUGAUGAGCCAGAGGUAUACAACGGGAUAAAUCCGAACAGGAAAUCAAAUGACCUAGAUGUUGUGCUGCACGUUACUGUCGACAACCCUUGUGUUUUCCUCCCGGAAAACAUGUACGACGACCUCAACUGCCUGCGGCUUACUUCCCCUUCAAUAGAGAUCGAUUUACGGUUUACAAACUACUACAUGGACUUGCAAUUCUCACUUGCCCCCCUGAAGGUGGGACUGGAGUCUCAUCGAAAGGUGCCGCACCCGCUAUUGUCCGAGACCCAACUAUUCAUUGAUGGAGCCUCAAUUUAUGGUCACCGCAUAUUUGGCUUACCUCCUUUAGAGCCAACUUAUGUCUGUAACUGGGAUUUUAGCCUCGGGGAUGUUAUUGGAGAAUGUUCGCCAGCUUUCUUGACUUCUCUGGCAGCUGCGCUGCAAAGCUUUGACCUCUCCUUUGACAAUGAAGAAAACACGCUUCCACCAUUGUUCCCCGCUAUUCUUCAUGACGUGACGUUCCUACGCGCUGAAAUUAACUCGAUUCAUAUCUCAGUUCUUUUAGAUAAUGCUGCCAUCCUGCUGAGUUCUGGACCCAUGACGACGAAAUUUAAUGACUGGGCGAAUGCCAGAUUUUCGAAACGAAUGAGCGUUCGCGUUCCGGAACUAUGUAUCACUGCCAUUGACUACAAAUUUCUUGGCCGGUUUGGAAGCAUGGCUCACUCUAAAGUGCUCCCUUUAGCUUUGUUCCAGAGUUCCAUAGACUUAAAGAUGGCUCAGCGAAGGAAUGACAUCGUUGAAAGCCGAAAGCUGCAACAAGAGCACAUUAAAGUGCACGACCAAAGGACUCAGAGGACUCCAUGGCUCCUCUUUGAUUGGGAGGAGAUCGAGCCUGAUGCUGAACAUCUGAACGUCGAUACUGUAGUCCCUCCGACUACCGCUAUUCCCACAAUGCCCGAACCUUUAUUCAAAGCUUCUGGAUUGCUGGCCUCGUCCCCUCUUAGAUACCGCACUCAGGAUGGAGGCAAUCCAAGUUCGAGAAGUUUCCUCCUAUCUCAUGAGACCUCAAGCAUGGAAAGCAGGCCCAAAAAGGGAGCACGUAGUUUCACUGAAACGUCGAGCAUCUCGUCUAGGGAGCCAAUAAGCGAUGGGAAAUCUGAACAAAUCACGGGUAAUCAGAGACUGCGCCUUCCUGAGGAACGGAGAACCGCCUCUCCAGAAGUGAUAAAUGGCUUGGAUGCCUCGAAUCCUUGGGCUAUGCCCAGUUUCUCUCUUCACACAAUUAAACUAGACACGUCCCAACUACCAUCGCGUCAAGCAUCCGAGAGGAACUUUCCUCAAGAAAAUUCGCCAGCGGCCAAGUUCGACCCUUAUUUUUCACCAUUUGACGAUGACAACAUAACCCACACGAACUUCAUGAUUAACUUACCAAUGGGCAUUAGAGGUACCUGUACACCUGAGUUUCUUUUCAUACUCUCUGCUUUACUGGAAGCUCUACAGCCACGACAUCCAAUUGAAAUCAUCGAUUCGCUCCAAAAGGACAUAAUAUCGGACAUCGUGGGUUACGAGAAAUCAAUGAAAAGACCCAAGAAAGCCACAGCCGUCAUAAUCCGAGCUCCUGUCAUCUUAGUGAAGCUAAUCAAUUCCCGCGAUUUCCCCAGCACUGACGAAGUCAGUUUCCGGGAUGAAUAUAGUAUAGAGGUCUUUCACUUAAACACGGCUUUUAAGACAAAAGUCGAACGACAGAAAGGCGACCUUCUGAAAGGAAUUAGCAAAAGUUCUACGCUUCAUGCCACUGCUGAUAGCCUUUCUCUAUCCGUUGAAAACCGCCGAGUCGACGGCUGUCAACAGAAGUCCGAGUUCUCUUGCCUUCUAGGGGACAUCGGAUUUUGGCUUGUGACUGCACCAAUGCUGAGAUCAAAUCUACAGAUUCGAGCAUUUGAUACCGUUACUUCAACAAAAUCUGUGGAGCAGCUUGCUUAUCUUGUUCGUCGCACAACCACAAUGCUUGACUCUGCAACGUCAUGUUUCCAGCAGAACUCUUUACGUAGCGACAAGCGGCUACGUUUUUUGAUAUAUUACCUUACGCAACUGGCAGCUCAUAUACCAGACCCAACGUUCCUUACUCGAAUUUCAUAUAUGCUUCGGAUUGCUCCUGGGCAUUUGCGACAUCAUGACUCCUGGAAGAUUAUUUCCCGUAUCCGCAAUGUUUAUAAUAAUUUGUCGCAAAUCCAACAGCAAGAUGUGAUCGAAAAGUGCUCAAAAGAUGAUAUGUCAUUGCCUACCAAUGCGAGGAGUGUCGUGCUCUCUGGGUUCGAUCAGUGGCGGGCUUGGGAUCUAGCACAUGUUGGAAAAAGCUAUGUGAUGCGCAGGAUAUGGGGAUCGCCAGACCCAACCCCGGAGGCCACGCCGUUAGCUGCAUGUUUCUCAUCGAGCGUGAAGCUCUUCCGCUUCUCUGUUGACCCAGGGCCUAAGGAAAGCGAUUUUGUUGUCCAAAAUCUGUCAACCGUUAUAUCAUCCACCCCUCAAAAAGCUUCUCAUAUGAGUAUGGAAGGCAAGCAAAAGACCCUGAUCAUUUUCCAAUCUUAUUGUUCUUCCAUUACUCUUCGCCUACGAUGGGAAAUUCUUGACUUGGUGGAUGGGCUUGCGAAAACAAUGUCUACAGUCACACUAGAGUCCGCAGUGUCUGAAAAGGAUUCUGGUGGCGAACCGGAAGAGCCUCGAGAGAUACAAUUUGUUUUUGGAACCGAUCUAGGCUCUGUGACCCUGGAUGGUAUCAAUAUUAAGCUAGCGCUGAUUGGUAAAGCCCUUAGAAGCUCUCUUGUCCUCAAGUCGCAGGGCGCGGAGGACUUGAAUAGCCUGAGUGUGUUGAUAAGUGCCGAAACAUGUACCUCAGAGCUCUCUAGUCUUUCCAAGCCUCUCAUGCAAUGGAAAGUCGGUGAUCCACAUAUGUAUUGUUCCCGCACGACCGAGGACACUGAAACUGAGAUCAAGCAUGAAUGGAAAAUCGCUGGGUCUAGCCGAAAGCUCCGUUAUGAUAUGGACGAAGAUCCGUUGAGCCUUGCCCAUACAGCAGACCGGUUAAUAGAGGAUGAAAUCCAAUUUGUCCACCAACUGGUUAAAAACUUGAACCUGCCAACGCGUCAACCUACCGAUAAAGUGGCGAGACAGAAGCCGUCACACAACAAGUUCCAGGUCGCCAUGUUUCUGGACGACUAUCGACUCAGCUUCUGCAUCUUACCGUCCUUGACAUAUAUCAUCACGGGUGAGGUGGCGCGAAUGUCUAUUUUAUCCAAGAUGGAACCAAAAAUUGAAGUGGAUUUCGACCUGAAGAAGAACCUACAUACCUUCUUGUCCAAUGAACGAGGAAGACUGGAAGCUUUGUCUGAGCUAGGGAUACCGCCGAUUAAUGGCCGAGUUAUCGCAAACAUGCUGGCCAACCGUAUGGAUGUGGAGGUUGAUACCACCAUUGAAUUCAUCCAGCUGGAGGCUAGCUCGGUGCGAAGUCUCCUUAGUGUCCUAACUAGACCUGAGUUCUCCCAUUUGUUAUCUGAUCUGAAACAAAACCUCGAAGUUUUGAAGCUUCAUUUUGGGGAGGUUCUUGCCCUAGAUAGCCGUUCUCCGCAACAAAAGGAUAUCUCCAACUCUCAUACGCUUCUAUAUAGAGCCCGGAUGACAAUGGCUGGGACCAAGAUACACGCAACGGCGCCUGGACUAAAUGGUAGGAGUUAUUCUGCGGAUAUGGGCUUUAGCCUUGGGAUGAUACGCAUGCGCCUUGACAAUGGUCUGGAUAGUGGAUUCCCAAUGGAGUACCCAGAAUUCCACGUCGAUACAUCUAACAUAAGUUUUGAUUUAAGCAAAACACACCCUUGGAGUGAUCGUUCAUAUUGCAGCCUUGCUAUUGAUGCCAAGGUUAGAGGAACAUCAACGGCCGACGAGAAUGGAAAUAUCAUGCGAAUGUUCCAUCUGACCAGCAAGAAAUUCGACAUCGAGCUCUUCCCCGAGGCAGCGGCGCUAAUUGUUGAUGUGGCCGCCCACCUUCAAGAACGCAUGAAAACGUUGGAUUUGUCUCACGAAGUCAAACGCUUCAAAAGGCUAAGACACCGCGGUCAUACAGAGGCGAAACUAACAGUUCUUGCUACGCCAAGUAUUGAGGUUUAUAAUAAUGAUAGUCAAGGUGACGAUCUUUUCGAUGCUAUAUACUCAUUUGACCUCAACAACAUUCAGAUAUGUUGGAACAUGACUACCACCUUGCAAGCGGCCUCUUCUCGGAAACCCGAUGAUUUGGUGUUCUCUAUCAAACGCGUGGAUUUGUCAAAUAAACGGACAAACUCGGCCAAACUUCGGAUAGAGGAUGUUCAAUUACAGAUGGUUCCAGUUUUAGGGGAUAGGAGGAAACGUUCCCUCAACUCCGCAUUACUCCCUGAGCUGGUUUUCAAUGUAGCAUAUUCCUCAACAGGGAAAGAUGUCCGAUUGGCCUUCCAAGCUGCUGGAAAAUCACUGGACUUAAAAGCUACCUCCGACUUCAUACUGCCAGCCAACAUGAUUCGAAACUCGAUGGCCUCUGCUAGCAAAAUCAUCCGCGAUGCUAACUCGUUGCUCGUCUCAAAACCAUCAGAUGAUGAUAACGCUAAGCCACGCGCUUUGUUUGGCAACAAACGCGUGCGCUCUGUCUUGGUUGAUGUUGAUUUCGCCGGGGCAACCGUCUCCCUUCAAGGGAGGCAGAGCAAUAACCAACACACUCUUCUCACAGCCACCUCAAAGAAAAGUAGAGUCCCAGAGUCGAAGUACGGCCAGUUUAUGCAGGGAGACGCAGGAGCCACCGCCACCUUGCGGGCGCCCGGAGUCGCGCUGAAAGUGCAAUUCGAAGAUAGCACCGAAGAUAACUCGACACUCAAUGCGGAAUUGAAAAUUGAUGCUUCGGCAAAUGUGCUCUACCCCAGCAUUGUUCCGCUGAUGAAGCAGAUAUCGGACACUGUGAAAGAAGUCAUGGGGGAUCAGCCAAAACCCAGACGUCCAUCUGGAGCUAUGAUGUUGCAACCACAGAGAUUGAUGCAGGAAACUCCUCUAGACACCAACGACCCUAAUUCAAUUCUUGGACGGUGCAAACUGAACAUUGGCCUUUUAAUUCGCAAACAAGAGUUCAGCCUGAGCUGCCAGCCCAUUGCUAGAGUGGCAGCUACCGCCGGAUUCGACAGCGUGUAUGUGGCCGUGAAUACCGUUCAGUCCGAUGAAGAUGGUCAAUUUUUGGCGCUCUCGGUGGCCUUCAAUGCAUUGCAAGCCUCUGUGAAACAUGUGUAUUCCAAUGAGUCCACAGCCAGCUUUGAAGUAAAGUCGAUGAUUAUGUCAUUAAUAAACAGUAAACAUGUCGGGAGGUCAAAGGGUAUCUCGGCCGUUUUGCGCGUGAGUCCAAUGCAAGUUGUGCUCAAUGCAAAGCAAGUUCAAGACCUCUUGCUUUUCCGUGAGAUUUGGGUGCCGGCAAAUGACCACCUAGAUGCAAGCCCCCCAUUAGAGGUCCAGCCAUCCGAGACCCAGGCUUACAUCGUGCAACGGUACCAGCAGGUGGCUACAGCCCCAGGAUUCCCAUGGAAUAUAACUAUCGCUGUCCAGAAAUUAGAGAUUCAACUUGACCUCGGAUCAACGCUGGGAAAGGCGCAGUUCGCGAUUGAUGAUUUGUGGUUGUCGUCUAAAAAAACGUCCGAUCGAGAGCAGAUACUUUGCGUUGGGUUCAAGACAGUCGGCAUCGAGAGCAAGGGCCGAAUGAGUGGGCUGGCCGAGUUUCAGAAUAUUAGGAUUCGAACUUCUAUUAAUUGGCCGGAUGACGGCCUUGAGAAAAAGACGCCAUUAAUCCAGGCUUCACUCUCGUUCGACCAACUUCAAGUCAAGGCUUCUUUUGACUAUCAACCUUUCCUCAUCGCUCAUGUCUCCUUUUUCAAUUUCUUGAUGUACAACGUUCAAUGUGCCUCAAACGAUUCGAAAGAGCGCCUCUUCAGCAUUCUGGAAGCGGGCACGGUACGGGUGUUUUGUACGAGUUUAACUGCAUCGCAGUCCCUAGCAUUGUUCCAAACCUGGCAGCGGCUUGUGCAGGACAAACAGGCAGCUUAUGAGGCAUCCUUGAGGGAGGUCGAAAGGUAUCUUCGGCGAAAGACCUCGUCUUAUUCGGAUAAGAUAGAGCUACCGGCUCGGAAUGUAGCUAAGAAAACCGACGAGAAGGUUGAAAAGGCGCCGAUAUCUUUGCAGACUGGGAUUGUUGUGACGAUCAAUGCGGUGCACAUUGGUGUCUUCCCGAGCAACUUCUUUGAUAAUCACGUUUUUAAGAUUGAGGCUCACAAGGCUCAAGCUCGUUUUGAUGUGUCAUUGGACGACAGCAAAAUCCAUAGCGCCUUGGGGCUUACGCUGGGGCAGUUGCGUGUGGCGCUCUCCGCCAUUGUUCGCUCCGGCCCCGUGGCCAUGGAGGAUCUUCUUGUCGACGAGAUUACUCAUCGCGUGAUAGAGUCUCGCGGGGGUACGAUUCUCAAUGUUCCCCGACUUGUGGCAUUGAUGGAAACAUGGCAAAAGUUUGGAACCCAUCAGAUCGCGUAUACCUUCCGCAGUACCUUUGAAGGCAAGGUGGACGUUGGGUGGAACUACGCCCGCAUCAGCUUCAUCCGGGAUAUGUGGGAGAACCAUUCUCGGGCCUUGGCUUCCCGACUGGGCAAACCACUGGCGCCAUCUGCAGUCCGCAUUACGGGCGGGCUUCCUGUCGAAGGUGGUGGCGAUAAGCGCGAACAGCAGGAAAAGAUCACCGCCGUCGUCAAUGUGCCACAGUCCAAAUACACGUAUGUGGCAAUCGAGCCGCCGGUGAUAGAGACGCCGCAGCUGCGGGAUAUGGGAGAAGCCACGCCACCGUUGGAAUGGAUUGGUCUCCAGCGGGACAAGCUUCCUAAUGUCACUCACCAGAUUAUCAUUGUGACCUUGUUGGAGAUUGCGAAAGAGGUAGAGGAUGCGUAUGCGAAGAUCCUGUGGUCGUCAUGA